AUGGAGGCGGCCGCCGAGACCGCGGCGGAAGCUGCUGCCAGAGAGACCUUGGCUGAGGUAACAAACAUCAUCUCAGAGCCUAGAGGCCUGCAGGAAGACUCAGAACUACCAGCGCAGAUCAUGGCGGAGUUUGUGGUGGACUCUCGAAAGAAAGACAAGCUGCUCUGUAGUCAGCUUCAGGUGGUAGACUUCCUGCAAAACUUCUUGGCUCAGGAAGAUGCUAUCCAGGGCCUGGAUCCCAUGGCUUCUGAAGACACAAGCCGGCAGAAGGCAAUUGAAGCCAAAGAGCAGUGGAAAGAGCUGAAGGCCACCUACCAUGAGCAUGUGGAGGACAUCACAAGUGCCUUGACCUACGUUCUUUCCAAGGUGGAAGAGACUCAAGCAAAGCGGGUGCAGCUCCAGGAGGCUCUUGAACAUCUCCAGGCCAAGAAGCAAGUGGCAAUGAAGAAACGCAAAGCAGCCCAAAAGCAAUGGCGUCUGCAACAGGAGAAGCAUCUGCAGUGUGUGGCGGAAGCUUCUGCAGAAGUAAGGGCACGUCAGGAAGGAACUCAGCAGGCACUUGAGAGGCUAGAAGAGGAAGUUGAAACCCUGAAGCAGAAGGCAGGACAGGAGCAAGACAAGCUGCAGAGGCAUCAGACUUUCCUCCAGCUGCUGUCCAUCCUGCAGGGUAAGCCACUAUCCCUUGAGUCAGAGAAUGAAACGGCCACCACAGGAGGGGAACCUUCCUGAGGAUAAGCCCCAGCAACUUACCCAGCACCAUGUGAG